GGAACUGGCACUUCACUAACUGCUGGAUACUUUUGGACGUAUUUGAGGUUUGACAUGCUUGUUUUGAAAUGUUCAGGGUAGGCGAAGUCUAAUGUUAGACGGCGGUGGAAGGUAGCCGAAAUCAUCUGUUUAGGCUUAUUUUGGCUUAUGUUAGCAAAUAAAAGCUAUGAAGAUUUGAGCUAGCAUGCUGGUUUUAGAUGAAACGAGCAUUAACAAAAUAAUAGACUCGGAUUUGCGUGCAAUACCGAAAAGAUAUUGCGGUACGGUAGAUGUCGAAUUGGCACAGUUAACAGUUAGCUAGGUAGCAUGAUAGAUCGACCCCUGUAUUACACCUCAACAAGGGGCACGGCCUGGGACAAAAUACAGAAUAGCGGCCGGCCACUCUCGAUUAGUAGCGCUACCUGAUGAAAAAAUGGAGACGAGAAUUGAACAUCAUACAGAACAAUUCGUCCACGAUAUUUCCAGCUCUGUGGGUUUGUGUCCAGAAAUGCUGGAGGUGGCAGAGGAGGCCUGCCGGGCAGGAGAUUUCGACCUUGCCGCGGAGAUCUAUGGAUCUCAAUUGUCGGAUCUCCCCCAACCGGAUCGGGGACUGUGUCUGCGCAAAGCGGACGCCCUGACUCGGUCUGGGCGUAUAGCCGAGGCGUUGGACUCCUACUGCACUGCUGCUAGUCUCAAAAGGCUCCAGCCAGAAGAAUUGGGACUUUUAGUCGAGAAUAUCGCGCAGAACCUGCGCGAAAAGGAACACGCAGUGUUGGGGAAAGAGUUAAAAAGUCAAAAGAGUGAAACGUCGAAUGCUGAGGAGAAAGAGAUCAAAACAAACUUUACACCAAGUGGAGAUGGGGACAGUGAGUGUGAGGGAGAUGCAUCAGAGGACGAGCAGUCUCUGGACCUGUUCUCAUGUCGCCUUUGCAAGUGCCUACUCUUAGAACCCACAACCCUACAAUGCGGGCAUACUUUCUGCAAGCGGUGCCUAGAGAAUGAUGGUGCCAACGUAUGCAAAAUUUGCAAAAACAAACUGAAUAUAAAGAACGGACAGGUCCAUCCCGUUGGGUUUAGAGUAAAUGUAGUUCUUUGCAGUUUGUUGGAGAAAUGGUUCGCCUCGGAAGGUAAUGCAAGGCGAUGCUGGCUAGAGGGAGAAAGUAUGUGGAAGAAUCAAGACUUCGCCAGCGCCUUGGAGAAGUACAACAAAGCCGCGGAGCUAGCCCCCUCUGACUGCAGACUGAUGAGCCAGCGUGCUGAGCUGCACAUGCACAUGAAGAACUUCACUCAAGCUCUCCUGGAUGGGGACAGCAUGUGUCGACUGGACCCCCUGUGGCCCAAGGCACACUACAUGAAGGCCACAGCCCUGUCUAAAGUUGGACGUAAGGAGGAGGCUCUUCAGGAGUACCUGUUGUGCGUGGCACUGAAGCCUGCCUGGACCUCAGCCAGAAUGGAAGCCCAGAAGAUCCUGAGUGAGAUGUUCUCCUCGGUGUUUGAGCGGGAUGGGCUGCCGGCUCCACUGCACCCCAUCCAGACCGGCCCCUCUUCCACACGCCUUAAGCCCUCAUCGCUCCAGAGCUUCCUCCAGCACCCCACAGACAGUCCGAGUGUGAGGGCAGGGUCCUCCAGAGACCCCGUGUUUGCUGUCACUAAGAGCACCCCCUGCAACGGCCUCUCUGAGUUGGGCCAUUUGGAACCCCUGACAUCAGGGUCAUCAUUGAGCAAGCUUGAGUUCCCCUUUGAUGACACUAAGACCCUGGCGUCCAUUCUCUCUGGGCUUCCCACCACCCCAAGCCUUAAGAGGAAGUGUCCCACUGACUGCAGUGACUUCAGCCCUCCCUCCAAGUACUUUAAAUCAGAUACCACCUGCUCAUCCCAGAAGCCUGCCACAAUGACUGAGGGGAGGGAGGUGCCCCCUGAGCUGCUGGACAGUGGAGACAUGGAGUGCUCUCUCUGCAUGAGGCUUUUCUACGAGCCAGUCACCACUCCCUGCGGACACACAUUCUGCCUUAAAUGUCUGGAGCGCUGUCUUGACCACAACCCCACCUGCCCUCUAUGCAAGGAGAACCUGUCUGAGUACAUAGCCACCAGGGGGUACACUAAGACCCAUCUGAUGGAGGAGGUGCUGCAGCGCUACAUGUCUGAGGAGCUGGCUGAAAGGAAAAAGAUACAUGAGGAGGAACUGAAAGAGCUGUCAAACUUGAACCAGGAAGUGCCCAUCUUCAUUUGUACCAUGGCGUUUCCCACAAUUCCUUGCCCCCUGCAUGUGUUCGAGCCCCGCUACCGGCUCAUGAUCCGCAGGUCCAUGGAGACGGGGACCAAGCAGUUUGGGAUGUGCAUUACUGAUGAGCUGAAAGGGUUUGCAGACUAUGGCUGCAUGCUGGAGGUCAGAGACGUUAAGUUCUUCCCCGACGGGCGCUCAGUGGUGGAUACCAUCGGUGUGGCCCGCUUCAGAGUACUGAGCCAUGGCCAGAGAGAUGGCUACAACACAGCCAAGAUCGAAUACCUGGAGGACAAGAAGGUGGAGGGCGAAGAGCUUGCAGACCUGCUGAAACUACAUGACUCUGUGUAUGGCCAGGCUACUGCAUGGUUCACCUCCCUCAAGGAGAACAUGAGGAACCAGAUUCUAAGCCAUUUUGGGAACCUUCCAGGGAAAGACCCUGACCCCCAGGGCAGUCCCAGCGGGCCAGCAUGGUGCUGGUGGCUCCUGGCAGUCCUGCCCUUGGAGAGCCGUGCCCAGCUCAGCAUCCUGGCCAUGACGUCCCUGAAAGACCGCCUCAUCGCCAUCCGCCGGGUGCUCAUCUUUGUCACUCGCAAGAGAGCGCGUUGUCCCUGAGGCCCCUUCUUCAUCCACCCCGGGGAAAGAGCGCUGUCAUCGGUUUCAGAUCACACGGAGAGGGAGGGCCGUUAAACCAAACGUUAAACCAGCAUUUUUUUUUUUCUUCAAAAUAUGACAUGCGCUUUCAAAAUAUGACAUGCUAGCCUACUCUCAUGUACCAUCAGUGAGAUUUCACAUGUGUGCAAACAGGGUAUGGUGCUGAUAAUGGUAUUAGUGGAUUAUUGGUGGAGCUUUCCGGGCUAGAUGC